AUGAACUCAUCCAAACCAUUAUGGGGUGGUGGAAUCUCUCCUACUUGCCUGUGUUGUGGAAAUGAAGAUGAAACUGUUCUUCAUGUGCUUCGUGAUUGCAUCCACGCUACUCAGUGGAAGAAUAAAAAUAUUUUUGAAGUUGGUUUUAUUAGGCCGAACAACCCAAUUUCUUUAAUUGGAAGAUUUGUCCAAGAUAUUGAAGACUGUAAUUUGGAGCAUUUUCAUAUUGGUCCAAAGUUGAAGGAAAUUAUCUAUAUAGGUUGGAAGCGGUCUCAUGAAGGUUGGAUCAAGCUCAAUAGUGAUGGUGCUUGCAAGAAUAUGGGGAUUAUUUUUGGAUGUGGCGGCCUUUUUCGUGAUUUAGACGGUAGAUGGGUCAAAUGCUACACUAAGAAGAUUAGAGCUUGUGAUGCCUUGCAUGCUGAGAUGUGGGGCUAUAUUUGGGUUUGGACAUGGCUUGGAGGGAACAUGACUCUUAUCUUGUAG